CCGAGUUUCUCCCGAAUUGCCAAUUGAUCUUCGAUUGACUUGAAACUUGCGCCUAUGCUUCACUUUUCGCGCUAGGACCUUAAAUGUGACAAAGGAAGUGUAAAAUAGCCUAAGAAAGUACAAAAUCAAGCCACAAUGAUCAAGAAACGAGGAUGCAAACAUGUGCAAAUACGACGUUAUUACCCUUAGUGGCCCCGAGCACCAGCACGAUGAGUUCGUGGGUGGCCACACCAAUGCGGUGAAGCUGCGGACUCCAUGGAGGAUUAUGCACAUCUUGCUCACCAGGUCCAUCAUCCCCAGUCUCAGAGCGGGCCACCUGAUCACCAACAGAGGGCUGAUUGCCCUUCACUCUAUGAGGAAUCUUGCCGAGCCACUCCAUCUGGGAGUCGUGGUUGCCACCACAUUUGUACGAUGUCUGGGGCAGAACCGGAUGGACACGAUGCAUCUGGGGGGCUUCAUCACCAGAUUGGCCCGUCACUUCGAUGUAGACGUGACGGGGUGCUCCAUCAUUGGCCGGAUCGAGCCAUUUCCAGUGGAGACCCUCUACAACAUGAAGUUGGUGCUUCAAGGAGAGAGAGGGAUCGAGUACCUCGACGGACUUUGACUUUCAGCGUCCCUAAGGACGAGAGUCGACCCUGCUCUAGUGGAGCCCGAUUUUGAGGUCCUUCCUCCAAAGCAGCCACUUGCUCGAGCUCCCGGUCGCUGCCAGCGUCCUGCACUUCCAUGUCAUGGACCUGCACCACCAGCAACAACAUCAUCAUUCAGAGCUGGUCCUUCCACCUCCAGGGAUCACCUCGUAGAGUGGAUGGAUCGCCUCGAGAGCCACGUUGUAGGAGUCACCACUCGGUUGGACCGAAUCUCAGAUAGAGAGAAUGGCUCGAUGCCAGGGUAUCCUCCUAGAUGAUGAGUCGGGGCCUUCGACCAGUGAUGAGGUAGCCGACGAGUGAGACGUGGCAGAGCCGAUUUCUUUCGCCGCACUUCUCCACUUGGAACUCUGAACUCUUUUAUCCUUUGUUUUGUUUUUCUUUCCUUUUAUUCAGUGUGUGUGAAUGAUUAGUACUACUACUAUCGUAUUGUUAUGUGUAAUAACCUCGCCUCGAGCGAGAAUGUGUGCGUUAGUGUUUGCUUUUGUCUUCUCCUUGAAGCUCCAAUCUCCUACCCCGAAAAAAAUUCCAACUUGCACUCACCAAGCCACGGGGUAACAUCAUUCUACCCCUAUCUUACGCCAUUGAGGGCAAUGUCGAGCUUAAGUGUGGGGGUUAGUUUAUUAUCACUACAACAAAUUCGGCCUAUUAGG